AUGACUUUUGAACAAGGUGAUCUGAUUGUUAUUGAUGAAGAAGAAAAUAAUUCAUUUAUGGAAGAUAAAUUCAGUGUUAAGUCAAGCAAAGAUACUUUUGAUUUAAAUAAGGAUUUAGUAAUCGAUUCCAAGAGUUAUUCAAUUAAUACCUUUAAAUCUGAGAGCAGUUUUCAUAGUCAAGAAUCUUUUCAAUCUAUUCUGUAUUCUGAAAAUAAUUCUUCAAAUACAAUUUUUAAAGUU